AUGUCCAUGCACUACGGUCAAGCGCAGCGUGUCUUCGUCUUCUCCCAUCCUCGCACCGCUUGUCAUGCCUUGUUUCAACUCCUCGCGACGCAUCCGGCAUUCCAAGUUAUAACACCGUUCGAUUAUUGUGCUUUUGCAAACGAAUUUAGUACAGAAGCGCAAAAUCCCCGUAGUAAGGAAGAAUGGCAGGAUCUUCUGUCAUUGAGCGAUGAAGAUGUUUCUAAAAUCACUUGGCAAGGAAGUAUAGAUGGCUUGCAGAGGGAGGUUGCUGAUGCUGAACUUAUCGGGAAAUGGGCUCUGACGAUGGAGCACCCUUCUUACUUGAUUGCAUCCUCACAACUCCAAGCUCACCUCGGCAUUCGAGGAUGCGAGGCGAAGCCAACUCCCGUAAUAAUAGAUCGGAAGUUGGAUGUCGGUGCUGCGUACCCUCACCUCGACGCCGGGAUAACGCCACAAGCUCAGUAUCCCAACCCAACGUUACUCCCCGACCGAUUCUUCUUCUCAUUCACACCAAUCAUAACUACUCGCCAUCCCGCUCGAGUCCUGCCCUCCGUUCUUCGAGCCUUACAACGCCUUGGAGAUGACAUUUCCCACCCGGACUUUGCUGUACUCGGAGAAAGCUUUCGGCUGGAGCGUCUGAUUUUCGACAGCUUCAAGUCUUACGAGGAAGCAUGUGCGGUAGCAGAAGACCGGAAGGCAAAGACUCCCAUUGUGAUUGAUGGCGACAAGCUCGUUAGGGAUCCCCAAGGUCAAAUGAAGAAGCUAUGUGCGUUGAUAGGUCUCGAUGAGAGCCAGUUGAAGUAUUCUUGGGACCCACCUAGAGUCUUGGAACAUACCAAAAUGGCACGAGCAUAUCUGAACGAGUUUAAUCGGUCUACCGGGAUUUUCUCCAAUCCGAGGGCCAAGGAGGUGAAUAUGACGGAAGAAGUGAGAUGUUGGAGGGAAGAGUGGGAUGCGGAUAUCGCGAGAAUCUUAGAAGAAAAGGUCGCUGCGCAAAUGGAGGAUUACGAGUACUUACUCCGGUACACUUUGUGA